AUGAUUUCGCAGGCAUUUAUUGCCGCUUUCAUAACAGCUUAUUUAGCGGCUGGCUCUCAAGCCGGCCCUUGUAAGCCCAACUCCAGGAUCACGGAAAGCCUCAUCACGAGUGAUCUUUCAACUGUAGUUGGAUCCUCUACUGCACUCAGCUCCGUCGAAACUACCACAGCGGCGGCCUCCUCCACGUACCUGUCAAAUGAAGAGUCGAGUGUCAUAAUCACGGAGUCCGUCAGCAGUACAGAGACAUCUUUGCCAUCCGAGGAAACAUCUACCACCGCCCUAUCGACUACCGAAGGCAUAACAACGGAGAUUGCCACAACAACUGAAGCUGUUACCGCUACUGCCACGACGACUACAUCAGAAGAACCGUCGAAUGUACCCUUCAUCAGAAAUGCUGGAUUCGAAGAUUAUGACUCAUCUGUUGAGCCUUGGCAAAUGUACAACAACGAGGGGACUGUAUCCAUCGAUUCUGACAUCAAAUAUGAUGGACGCCAUUCCGCUCGCAUCGGAAUGUUAGGAUCGAAACUCUUGCAAGACUUCAUCAGACAGCCGCUCCAGGGUUCCGUCACCGCUGGGGUUACAUAUACUAUGUCCGCAUGGGUCAGGCCAAACUCGUAUUGCGUUGCUGCUACGCUUCUAUGCUCAUAUCAGAAUAACAAUUGGGACAAUCCUGAGCCUGUUGUUCUCACUGAGGCAACAGACGAGUGGACGUAUAUUUCUUCAACUUGCACCUACACGCAAGAGCAAAUCGAUUCUGGGGACUUGUAUCUCAUGAUAGGGUUUAUAUUCGCCACUAGUCAAGGCGUAGUCUAUAUAGACGAUGUCAAUUUCUCGGCUUAG